AUGUCGGAGGGUUGGUGUGCGGCAAACAACUCUGGUGCCUGCUGGUGCACUCGCGACGACACAAAGAGUUUCAUCGACGCCAGCCGCCCUGUUGAUAAGAGGGAUGAAAUUAAGACCUGCCGUGAGACCAAGUCCUAA